AUGGUUGACCACGAUUAUAACGCUGUCGCUGAAGCUAUCCGCAAAAUUCUUCCUAACGAAGACUACGAUGACGGUUCUACAGGUCCUGUUCUUGUACGCUUAGCCUGGCACGCUUCAGGAACUUAUGAUGCCGCAACCGGCACAGGCGGCUCCAACGGAUCUACCAUGCGUUACAAAUCUGAAGCCAUGGAUGGUGCAAAUAAUGGUCUCGAAUAUGCUCGAAAAUUCCUUGAACCUAUUAAACAACAAUUCCCCUGGAUCACAUAUGCAGACCUUUGGACAUUUGCUGGGAAAAUUGCCCUUGAAGCUAUGGGUGGUCCUCAAGUUAAUUGGGCCCCAGGUCGUAUCGAUUAUGUAGAUGACUCAAAUGUUCCUCCUAAUGGCCGUUUACCUGAUGGUGCUCUUGGACAAGACCAUCUGCGAGUCAUUUUCUACCGCAUGGGAUUCAAUGACCAAGAAAUUGUAGCCCUUUGUGGUGCUCAUAACCUUGGCCGUUGCCACAAGGAUCGCUCAGGAUUUCAAGGACCUUGGGUUACUAACCCUAUAAAGUUUUCAAAUACUUACUUUAAAACCUUACUUAGCAGCAACUGGGUCCUUCAGAAAAAUGAUAAUGGCAUUGAACAAUACUAUGAUGCCGAUGAUGAUGAAGAGGACCUUAAUGAACGUCUUAUGAUGCUCCCCACUGAUUAUUCUCUUAUCCAAGACCCCUCCUUUAAACCUUGGGUCGAAAAGUACGCCGCCGAUAAGGAUCUCUUCUUCCAAGAUUUUGCUAAAGUCUUUGCAAAGCUUCUUGAACUUGGUGUUCGCAGAGACCCUGCCUCUGGUCUUGCUGCCGUUAACUAUGUUGGCAAGAUUAACAACCCUCCCAGCCAAAAGAUUUAA